UUAUCUAUCUAUCAGUAGUCAUAGUUUUUGGAUACAGAAAACAUUUUAUCAUUGAAUUGGCAGUUGAUAAAGAUGGACAUCUGCUCCAGCUUUAAUUUCUCUGAUUGCUGUACUUCCUUUGCCUAUGCCCCGGCGCAAUCCUUCAGGCCGCACAUCAACGUUUCCAUUGCUGGGAUUGAAUUUGCGCAGAAUCGCAAGAGCAUGCUGCAGGGUUUGCCAUGUGACACGGAUGUCCCAACAAUAAUAGGCAAUGGAAAUGAGAUGGACGAGGCACUGCCGAAGUCUGGGACCAAUCUGCAGGGUCGUAGUCUUGGAAUCAUCGAUGCGGCCAUUGAAAAUCCUUACAUACUGCCGGAUGAGGAGGCAUUCUGGUUUCGAACAAAAGAGGAAAAAGUGCCAGAAGAGGAAACAGUACCAGAAGAGGAAACAAUCCUAGAAGGGGAAAGAGUGCCAGAAGAGGAAAGAGUCCCAGAAGAGGAAAAAGUCCCAGUUAGCCAAGUUAGCCAUGGAAGAAUCUGCAGAGGACUCCUUGGAGCCAGAUUGGGAGCCUCCAGCUCGCCAUUCGCUGCGUCUCUUAACAGAAAAAUCUCCUUUUCCUCCAGAGUUUCCACAUUGAUGAGGGAGUUUUCACAUGACACUCCGUUGAGCAGAAACGCAGCCAAAACCCAAUGCGCCACUCUGUCUAUUUACCUGGUAAAGUUACUCCCACGAAAACCAUCGAGACUUCUACUGUGCAUUACGAAUCCAAACGAUGUUCAGGCCACAGGUGGCCGACUUUGGCAAAAGCCUGUCCUUCUGCUUGUGCUGUAUAAAAAUAUGUUUGGAUGGCACACAUGUCAUAUUGUCCUCUGUGAUAAGCUGACCAGCGAACUGAUGCUUCAGAUGCGACUGGCUGGAGGACAAUGGAAGAGCAGCAAAAGCAGCCAUUGGAUACAUUUAAAUUAUGCAGAAACACAGGAGGGCAGGCACACCCGUACUCUUCCCAACUCUGGCACUGCCCACGAGAAUUUUUAGUUGGUUUGAAUUUGUCAGUUGUCUUUCAGUGGAGUUUCGCUGAGGCUAUCCACACACCAAAUCCAAAUGUAAUCAGUUUCUGAGAUAUGGCAAGCUGUGAAUAAAUUGUUGUUAUUAAUGGAA